AUGCGCUUAUUUACGGUGUUGAUCCUGGCGGCAGCUGCCCUCGGUACGGUUACCGCCCAGCAACCGCGCUCGGCUGUCGACGUUGCCGUUGAUAUAUACAAUACCUGCCUUAAUGAUGUGAACUUAAAGUGCGUAAAAUCAAAGGCUCUAUCCUGGUUGAGUAAAGCGACCGAACAGGAUGAGAUCAAAAUAACCGACACUUUGACCAUUAUUCGAACUGGAGUUGAUGAAGAGGAAACACCGGAGGCUGAGGGAGAACAGCGCGCCAACAAGGUAGCCUAUCUGUUGAACAAAAUCGACAGUUUUCUCUCCACUCACGCCCUGAAGAUGGGAGUUCCGGAGGUGUUGCAAUCAGAGGAAGCCCGUGCUUACAUCCCAAAUUCUCUGACGAAGGGUGGGCUCGCCGAAGAGCUGGUAGUUCCACUGACAGAUGGAAAUGUUGCUGAAGGUCGUGGCUUUGUGAAGAAAGUCAUGAUUCCUUUCCUGCUCGGAAUCAAGUUCAAAUCGACUGUCCUGGUUCCGGUUGCGCUCGCUUUGAUCGCUCUUAAGACUUGGAAGGCGAUGACGCUGGGACUACUCUCGAUGGUCCUGUCGGCGGCGAUGCUUAUCUUUAAGUUCGCCAAGCCAAAGAUCGUUAACUACGAAGUGGUUCACUAUCCGCCACCGCAUGCUCACCACGUGGACCAUCAUAUUGACCAUCAUCACUUGAGCCAUCCGCACGUGCACUGGGAGGCACCGGCCGGGUGGAAGAAACGAUCGCUGGAUGCUCAGGAGCAAGCCUAUGCCGGGCAGCUGUAA